UGUAAUUUAAUUUUUCUGGGUUUGGGAAUAGUUGAAAAACAGUGAAGAAAGGCUGCAAGAGAAUCCAUCACCCAAACAUGGUAAAGCUUAGGAACUGACUAUCUACAAUAAGAUUCACCUUCCUUUUCUUUCCUCUCUCUCCCUCUCUCUCUCUCUCCCUCUUAUUACUUACACACAAACACCUCCCUAUCUGCCAACUCUCCCCACCCUGAAACACCUAUUUCUCCCAAUCUCCACCGCAACAACCACCGCAGCUCCACCUCCACCUGUUCAUUACAUUACAUCUUCUAAUCACAGAUCUCUUUUCAAAAUUCUGAUUGUUCCAUGUUUGGCUUUCAUAGUUUGCAUGGAAUGUUGGGAUAUAUAUAUGAUUUAAACAUCCUUGUAUUUCUGUGUCCAUCCACCGGUUAAAAGAAAUAUCAAACGCAGAAAGAGAGGGAGAAAGAUUUUUCUGUUGAUGGAGUACUGGAAAAGAAAAUCUUCUUUUAGUUUCAAAACCAAACAAGCCUUUCCAUUUUACUGUUUUUCUUUCUUCUUCUUCUUCUUUUCUUUUUGUGCAUUCUUCACUAUUAUCACUUCUACUAAUUGUUUAGGUAUUAAGUGUUCAUUCUCUGGUAAGGCUGGAGGCUUCCAUUUUCAGGAUUUUGAGGAGAAAAGAGAAAGAGAAAAUAUGGAUAUUUCUAUUAUUGCAGUGAGAAGAGUAUUAAGUGGGCCCGGAUCGUCGCCGCCGAGGUGCACCUCGAAGUGUGGGAAGUGCACACCCUGCAAACCGGUGCACGUGCCGGUGCCACCAGGAACUCCGGUAACGGCAGAGUAUUAUCCUGAAGCAUGGAGGUGCAAAUGUGGCAAUAAGUUGUACAUGCCAUGAUUGUCUAUUUGAAUUUUAGUUUGUUAAUUACAAAAAUGCUAAAUACAUAAAAUUGCUAUUGAAUUUUAGGUUUAUUCACGUGAUACUCUAAAGUUUCCAAGAGACCUACCGUGGUGAUAGUUUUAUACUUUGGCCGUGUUCCACAUCAAAUGCUAAAGUUAUUUUUUUA